AUGGGAAAAGUAAAAGCUUGUAGGAUUUGCUUACAAAUGGACUUGAGGCUAGAAAAUUUACACUCGAACUUUUUGGGAGUUUAUUACGAAAUAAUAACUGGUUUGAACAUUAGUAAGAAUGAAUUGCCGGGUUAUUUUUGUUAUGAAUGUGCUGCUUUAUUGAAGAAAUUCUAUAUAUUUAGACAGAAAAGCCUUAAAGGUCUAGAAGUGUUGCAGGGUGUUCUAAAUACUUAUGGCAAGAUUACAGAGAACACCAUUAAAAAAAUGCAAAUGAAAUUGUCUUAUUUCGAAUCCGGUUUGAGUGUUUUUAAUGGUUUUUCAAUCAAUAUUUUUCCCGAUGGAGUUGUAGAUAUAAUGGAAAAUGAAGAUAUGUCUGAGGACAAUAGCUAUGAUUUCAACAAUACAGAUAGUUGUUUAGAUUUUUAUGAUUUAGUUAAAGAAGAUUCUUCUGAAAAUCUAAAUAGUGAUAUUGAAGAAAGUUACAUAGAUUGGUUAAGUGAUGAGGAGGAUAUUGCAAUAGAUAGUAGUAUAACAAAUAUUGAAAAUGAGAUGAUAAUAAACAAACAGUCAAAUGAUGAGUCAAACGAAGAAACAGUGGAGCAACCAAGAACCUCAAAAUUAAAAAAAUCUGUAAAAGUACACAAGAAACCAGUCCAACUUUUAAGAAAGGAUGUUAUUCAGCCAAAGCAAAUUGAAGAUUUUAAUUUUGAGAACUAUGUCGACGUCAUCACAAUCACGGAAGAAGAACAAAAAGAAGAGAUAAGGAAACGUAAAGAUACAGAAAGUUACGAAACUGCACCAUUUAAAUGCGAGUUGUGUUUUAAAGUAUUUUUGGACCCGCAAACUUGGCAACACCAUAUGAAGAAACAUGAUGUGUCGUCAGGAAUGGCGCAGUGUAAAAUCUGUAAGUUGCGCUUUAAAUCAAAACGUCGUCUUAAGAAUCAUAUGAUGUAUCACGCCAAGAAGUAUAAAUGCAAAUACUGUUCAUACGUUUCGCGAACUACAUCACAAGGUUGGAAUCACAUAUUCUGGCAUCAAGGGGUUUUGUACCAGUGUCCACAUUGCGAAGAAAUGUUUUCCCAAUGGACGUCGUACCUCAGCCACGUGCGAAUAAAGCAUCCAUCGGACUACAUCUGCCCUCACUGCGGAUACUCCUUCUUGUCACAACAUGGUCUCAAAAUGCACAAGAAUUUAAAGCAUCGUGGUGUCGCUGACCUAAAUGAAGACAACGAGGAUCUCCCAUACUGCUCAGUAUGCGACAUGAAGUUUGCGUCAUUUGAGGCUUACAAUCGGCAUAUGGCGACCGCGAAAAAACAUAUCGUGGAAUCUGAAAAGAAAAAUGGAUGUCGCGAAUGCGGUGAAAAGUUCUCAAGCAUUGAUGAAUUGCGGGCUCAUUCGCGUACUGCGCACAGGCACAAAUCGUGUAAGGCGUUACUCAAGCGAUACAAAGAGAAGUCGGAUAGUCGAACUUGGCCCACGAAAUGCUCGCUUUGUUCUGAAGAAAUAGCAAACGCGCGUCAGUACUGGUCGCACUUCAGACGGGACCAUCCCAAUGACGAUUAUCCCGUGGAGAAGAAAUAUAUCUGUGAUGUUUGUGGAAAAUCCUUCCGGAAAAACUCAUUCUUAACCAUUCACAAGCGGAUCCAUAAUGGUGAAGUACCCUUCAAAUGCAACGAAUGCGACAAAGUUUUCUCGAACAAAACCAAUCUUCAGAUGCACGAGAGAUGGCAUUCUGACGAGCGGCCCUUUAUUUGCAGCGAUUGCGGUAAAGGGUUCAAGGUGAAAACGGCUUUGGAUAGGCAUUUCCGAUGUCACACUGGUGAGAGGCCGUACAAAUGUAAAGUGUGCGGAAAAGCCUUCGCCCAAUCCAACAGUGUUAAAGUGCACGUCAAUACAGUACAUCUCAAACAACCGUAUAUUAGGCGAACUCGACUUAAGAAAAGGGUCAAGAAAUUAGCAGCAGACACUACUGUACUAUAUUGCACAUAG